CCUGGCCACCAUGGGCAGGGCAGGGGUUUACUGGGUCCCCUCUGGCUGUCCUUUUUCUACCAAAGAUUUCCUCAUACUUCUUGGGAGUACACCUCUGCUGCUGAUGCUCCUGUGAGGACAGACAUGGACAAACAACCUUCAGGUCCAGUGACAAGACUGCUGUAACAUCCUGGUGCUUACCGUGAUGUACAGCAGCCUCAGAGAGGCUGGGAAAGCACUCUAGGACAGCAGACAUGCUACUGGAAAUAAUGGCAGCACUUCACUGAUACAGGGGCUCUCAGGUUUUAAAGUGAAUGAUGUCUAUGCAGACAGUAGCACGGAUCUCAUCCCUGUGUUGGCCCUUUGUUUCUUGCCACACACUUCCUCCUUGAGAAGAGGCUCUGCGGAAGAUAUGGUGAGAGAAGAGCAUUUUGAGGGAGGAAAGGCUGUGGUUUUGCAUGCUGUCAGCACUUCCUUUUCUUUGUACUUCUUUCCUCCCUGUCCAUCUUCCUGAGCACUAUUUAGAGUUCAGAAGCAAGAGAACUGAAAAGGAUGAAGACUUUCUCCUCCUUUUUGCAGAAAGUAAUAACCUUCCUGACGAUCAUGUCUUUUCUAGGAGAAAUAACAGGCGAAACUUUCUUUCGUCGACAAGAACAUGAAAAUCUUGCACUUCAGUGCAACCAGCAAGCUGCUAAAGGAAAAGCAGAAAUAGCUUGGUAUAUAGCAGACAGCAAUCUGCAGCAAUUUAAGUUAAUUAACUGCUCAUCCAAGGAGUCUACUUUCUCAUGUGGAAAAAAAGGGGGACCUUCAGGCUGCAGUGAUACCUUACAAGUGGCCCACAUAUCCCCUGAAGGAGGGCUGUUUGCAUGUGGAGCAGUUCCUAGUGACAGAACACCAGCAACUUGCCCGCUGUUUCACAAUGUCUCUCACUGCAAGCACUACAACUUCUUUCUUACACAGACAACUUCUUCCACACAAGUUUCAGAAAGUGAGUCCUUAGACAGUGUUCCUGAAACAACAAAGAGCAGCCUGGUAUUUGAAGACAACAUCACUUUGUCAUGUGAAUUUGAAACUACCUGCUCAGGAGAAUGUUUUGCUCUGUAUUGGAUCAGAGCUGCGAAAACAAGUGAAUGCAUUUUUUCUCUAGCAAAUGAAGCUGGGACCUCACGGUUGACUUACAACGAGCAUUGCUGUAUCGAUGAAGACAUCCGUGGACGAUUAUUGAACAAUACCGACUUCAGUUCAACUGACAAAAAAAGUAACGUGACUAUUCUGAAUGCUACUAGUUCUGACAGUGGAGAAUAUUUAUGCAUUGUUACUAUCUGGACGAAUGGCAAACAUGUGUGGAGAGUUGCUAACAACCUGUCUGUGGAAGUUCGGAAAGACAAAGCUACAUAUAUACAGUGGUAUAUUGCCUCUGGAGCUAUAGCUGGAAUUAUUUUUCUCUGCGUCGUAACAUGGCUAACCUAUCUCAAGACAGCCAAAUCAAAAGGAAAAAAUUCAUCCACAGAAUUUACCAGGAAUUAUGAUGUUGUUGGAAGCCCAGAAGAUGAAUGUUCUCCAUAUGCAACAAGUUGUGUCAAUGACAUGCAAAGAAGUGAGCACCUUUAUUGCCAUGUAACAGGGACUUAUGCAAAAGUCUCUGCCACAGAUAACAACAUGGCUUCUGGGACAGGACUGGAAGCAGAUAUACAUACGGUAUAUGCUGGUGAAUAAGUUUCAGCUACAUCAAGAUAGGAAGUUGAAAGUAUUUCUUUGCAAAACACAUGGCAGACUGAAUAACAUCCUGGCUAGAUGCGUACUAGCUUCACCACUAGCAU